UCUCUCUUUAUGGGCCACUUUACCCGCGACGAGCCCGGCGACCUCAUCAACACGCUCCUCUGCGACGAGCUCCUGUCCGAGAUCCUCUCCCGCCUCCACUCCACCCAAGACCGCAAAUCUGCCACCCUCGUCUGCAAGAGAUGGCUCUCCCUCGAGGGCCGGAUCAAAACCAAGCUCGGCCUCUGCGUCCCCGACCCCUCCACCAUCCUCUCCUUGUGCUCCUCCAUCCACGCCCUCUUCCACAGGUACUCCCACCUCGUCUCCCUCGCCGUCGUCUCCGAGGGCGACCAGCAUGACUCCCAGGCGCUGGACCUCAUCCUCUCGGCGAUGGCGUCCUCCUGUCCACUGCUGCGCGAGCUCCGCUUCCUCGCCGGCCCCGUCACCACCUCCGGCCUGGAGCCCCUGGCCCGAGCAUGCAAUUGCCUCGUCUCCCUGGAGCUUGUCGCGCUGGCGACUCAGCACUUGCCCGUGCUCAACGAGUUCCGGUCCCUGUCCGAGCUCUCGCUCACCGGUUGCCUCAGCGGCGACAGCUCCGACCUGGCUGGCGUCCCCGACGGCGAUCUCCCGCUGGACAAGCUCUGCGUCGAGGGCAUCGGCGCCAGGAACAGUGGGCUUGGGUGGCUAUGGCGGAGCUGCCACAAGCUCCGCCGCCUCGAGUUCUUCGGCUGCCAGGGGAUUGGAGACUCGGACAUCGCGUCGCUGGCCUGGUGCCUGCCCAAUCUCCAGGAGCUUCGGCUGAGGCGCUGCCGGUGUAUCGCCACCCAGGUGCUGCUCAUGGUUGCCGAGGUCUGCCACGGGCUCAAGGUUCUCAUCUUCAUGGAUGGCGGGGACAUGAACGGCUUGCACCGCAUCGUUCGCAGCUGCCAGUCGCUCGAGACUCUGGAGUUGCGGCUGCCGCUGGAUUUGUUUAACGAGGACCUCGCGAUCAUUGCGCAGAACUGCCUGUCGCUGAAGAUACUGCGCCUGUAUAGCUGCUGGAUGGGAACCGGGAACGGCUUCAAGCUCCUCGGCACGCAGAUGAAGUCGAGCCUGGAAGAGCUGGUGUUAAUACGGUGCCGGGCCAUCGUCCAGGACACGGGUACUUUGGCUUACCUCGGGCAGGAUCUCAAGAGCCUCCGGCGGUUGGACGUUUCCGAGAAUGACCACCUGGCGGAUAGAGAGAUCACGGGACUGCUGCACUCGAGCGGGGACAGGUUGAUCCACUUGAGACUGCGUAGGUGCCGGAAGGUGACGGAUGCCACGCUCGAGUUUAUAGGACAGAAAUGCCGGGCACUCUCGAACCUGGUGAUCACAAGCUGUGACGGGAUUAGUCCUGCGGGCGUAGCGAUGGUGCUAGCCGGUUGCCCGAGCUUGAAAAAACUAUGGGUGGAGAAGGAGAAGGUUACCAGCGAUGCGUGUAGACUAGCCAAAGUCAAGGGAAUCUUGUUACCGGGGGUUGAACCGAAUCCUUCUGAUUACUAAAGGACCCGCAGCAUCAGUGUACUUGCGAUAGGCAGAACGUUUCAGAACUGUUCAUAAGCUCCGACUCGACCUGUAAGCACGGAAGAUGGGCGUAAGCGUGGGACAACAGCAAACAAACACGCUUUGCUGUGCUGACGUUAGAAGCCACGAUGUACAGACAGUUCAACUCCAAAGACGACUAGAUUCCUUCUCGAAAGCUUCUCCUCUUUGGACAGCGCUGACGGUAAGUGGUACGGAAAAUUUUCUUACCCGUGACAUUGAGCAAGUAAACGAGAAAUGUUUACACAAACUGCGACAUCGUUGCGAGCUACUAGCUAGCUAUGCACAGUGUACAGGUAGUCUACUAGCUCAUUCUUUUUACAUGUCGUCCUGGAAAGGAAUCGUGAAAACGAGAACGAUGCAAUAAAACAACGGAAGAUCCUAGAAUUUCGUAAA